GAGGAGCCCAGUCGGAGUCUGCCUGGUGUCGCUGCCCCCUUACUCCCCCCUCCGUCGCUGACAGGCAGCAGCCGGAGCCACCGGGCGGGCGGGCAGCAGAUAUGAUCUCAAACACCAUGAGUACGUGACUUCAGAAAUGGACAACUGGAUCUAUUAUAAAUUGUGAUUGGCCUUAAGCUGACUUGCAGCCAUAAGAAAACCUCACAGUAUCUCUAUCUCAUUCCUGCUUGAUACCUAUAUAGUCACCUCACGCCACCAGUUCAAUCAUGUAUGGAAGUGCUCGGUCAGUUGGUAAGGUUGAACCAAGCAACCAGAGUCCUGGGCGUUCACCAAGGUUGCCAAGAUCACCGCGCUUGGGUCAUCGUCGAACCAACAGCACAGGUGGGAGCUCUGGAAGCAGUGCUGGGGGUGGGAGUGGGAAAACGCUUUCCAUGGAAAAUAUUCAGUCCUUAAAUGCUGCCUAUGCAACAUCUGGCCCUAUGUAUCUAAGUGACCAUGAGAACGUGGGUGCCGACACCCCUAAAAGCACCAUGACUCUUGGCCGAUCCGGGGGGCGGCUGCCUUAUGGUGUUAGGAUGACUGCUAUGGGUAGCAGCCCCAAUAUUGCCAGUAGUGGGGUUGCCAGUGAUACUAUUGCAUUUGGAGACCACCACCUCCCUUCAGUGAGCAUGGCAUCCACUGUGCCUCACUCACUGCGCCAGGCCAGGGAUAACACUAUAAUGGAUCUGCAGACACAGCUCAAAGAGGUGCUACGAGAAAAUGAUUUGUUGCGCAAGGAUGUGGAGGUGAAAGAAAGCAAGCUGAGCUCCUCCAUGAACAGCAUCAAGACCUUCUGGAGUCCCGAGCUAAAGAAGGAGAGAGCCUUGAGAAAAGAUGAAGCUUCCAAAAUCACCAUUUGGAAGGAGCAGUAUAGAGUGGUGCAGGAAGAAAACCAGCACAUGCAGAUGACGAUCCAGGCUCUCCAGGAUGAGCUUCGGAUACAGAGGGACCUGAACCAGCUGUUCCAGCAGGACAGCAGCAGUAGACCCAGUGAACCGUUUGUGGCAGAGCUGACAGAGGAGAACUUCCAACGGCUUCAUGCAGAGCAUGAGCGCCAGGCCAAGGAACUUUUCCUGCUGCGCAAAACCUUAGAAGAGAUGGAAUUGCGCAUUGAGACUCAGAAGCAGACCUUAAAUGCCCGUGAUGAGUCCAUCAAAAAGCUGCUGGAGAUGUUGCAGAGUAAAGGACUGUCUUCAAAAGCCACAGAGGAGGAUCAUGAGCGGACAAGACGGUUGGCUGAAGCAGAGAUGCAUGUCCACCACCUGGAGAGCCUGCUGGAACAGAAGGAGAAGGAAAACAAUAUGUUGAGAGAGGAGAUGCAUCGUCGGUUUGAAAAUGCCCCUGACUCAGCCAAGACAAAAGCUCUACAAACUGUUAUUGAAAUGAAGGACUCAAAAAUCUCCUCCAUGGAACGUGGCCUCCGUGACUUGGAAGAGGAGAUUCAGAUGCUGAAGUCAAAUGGAGCUCUAAGCACAGAAGAGCGUGAGGAGGAAAUGAAGCAAAUGGAGGUGUACCGUAGUCAUUCCAAAUUCAUGAAAAACAAGGUAGAGCAACUGAAGGAAGAGCUAAGUGCCAAAGAGGCUCAAGGGGAGGAGCUGAAAAAAAGAGUGGCUGGUCUCCAGGCUGAGAUUGGUCAGGUGAAACAGGAGCUGUCACGCAAGGACACUGAGCUGCUGGCCUUGCAGACAAAACUGGAGACACUCACAAACCAGUUCUCUGACAGCAAGCAGCAUAUCGAGGUGCUGAAAGAAUCCCUUACAGCUAAAGAACAGAGAGCUGCCAUCCUGCAGACAGAGGUGGAUGCACUACGAUUACGUCUGGAGGAAAAAGAGACAAUGCUGAAUAAGAAGACAAAGCAGAUCCAGGAGAUAGCCGAGGAGAAAGGGACUCAGGCAGGAGAAAUACAUGACCUCAAGGACAUGCUGGAUGUAAAAGAACGCAAGGUCAACGUUCUUCAGAAGAAGAUUGAAAAUCUCCAGGAACAGUUAAGAGACAAGGAAAAACAGAUGAGCAGUUUGAAGGAUCGAGUAAAAUCCCUGCAGGCUGACACCACCAACACUGACACUGCCUUGACCACACUGGAAGAAGCACUUGCAGAGAAAGAGCGGACUAUUGAGCGCCUGAAGGAGCAACGGGACAGGGACGAGCGAGAAAAACAAGAGGAGAUUGACAACUAUAAAAAAGAUCUUAAGGACCUGAAAGAAAAAGUCAGCCUCUUGCAAGGAGAUCUCUCUGAGAAAGAGGCUUCCCUGUUGGAUCUGAAGGAACAUGCCUCAUCCCUGGCUUCUUCAGGACUGAAGAAGGAUUCCAGGCUCAAGACACUGGAAAUUGCAUUGGAGCAGAAGAAGGAGGAGUGUCUGAAAAUGGAAACUCAGCUGAAGAAGGCUCAUGAAGCUACACUGGAGGCCAAGGCCAGCCCAGAGCUGAAUGACCGAUUCCAACAGUUGGAGCGGGAGGUGGCACUGUACCAGGAAGACACCAGUAAGGCUCAAGCUGAAGUGGAUCGUCUUCUGGAAAUCCUGAAGGAGAUGGAAAAUGAAAAGAAUGAUAAAGAUAAAAAGAUAGCAGAACUUGAGAGGCAAGUCAAAGAUCAAAAUAAGAAGGUAGCAAACCUGAAACACAAAGAGCAAGUGGAGAAAAAGAAGAGUGCACAGAUGCUAGAAGAGGCCAGACGGAGGGAGGACAAUCUCAAUGACAGCUCCCAACAGCUUCAGGAUAACCUGCGUAAAAAGGAUGAUCGGAUUGAAGAAUUGGAAGAGGCGCUGAGAGAGAGUGUGCAGAUAACUGCAGAGCGGGAAAUGGUGCUAGCACAAGAGGAAUCAGCCAGGACUAAUGCUGAGAAACAGGUAGAGGAGUUGAUGAUGGCUAUGGAGAAAGUGAAGCAAGAACUGGAGUCCAUGAAAGCAAAGCUGUCCUCUACCCAGCAGUCUUUAGCUGAGAAGGAGACCCAUUUAACCAACCUACGAGCAGAGAGGAGGAAACAUUUGGAGGAGGUUCUGGAGAUGAAACAAGAAGCUCUUCUAGCUGCCAUCAGUGAAAAAGAUGCCAACAUUGCUCUGCUAGAGCUUUCAUCCUCUAAGAAGAAGACCCAAGAUGAAGUGGCUGCACUGAAGCGAGAGAAGGACCGCCUGGUGCAACAGCUCAAGCAACAGACUCAGAAUCGCAUGAAGUUGAUGGCAGAUAACUAUGAGGAUGACCACCUCAAAUCCUCAUCCCAUUCCAACCAAACCAACCACAAACCCUCUCCAGACCAGAUAAUUCAGCCCCUUUUAGAACUUGACCAGAAUCGCAGCAAAUUGAAGUUGUACAUUGGACACCUGACAGCCCUCUGCCAUGACCGUGACCCCCUGAUUUUGCGUGGACUCACCCCACCUGCUUCCUACCACCUGGAUGAUGACCGGGCAGCUUGGGAGAAAGAGCUGCAGAAGAUGACCCAGGAACAGCUUCAUGGUGAGUUAGAAAAGGGUGAGAGGGACAGCGCUGAGCUGCAGGAGUUUGCCAAUGCCAUCCUACAGCAGAUAGCAGAUCACUGCCCUGACAUUCUGGAGCAAGUCGUCAAUGCACUUGAGGAGUCAUCAUGA